AUAUGACCUGGGCUGAAUAGCAUUCAGUGCAGUCCAAGCAUGAUUACUCCGUUCGACCUUCCAACCAAGGACCGCAAUUCCCCAAGGACUAUGACUACCUGGCGGACCAGGUACGCCCUAAACGUCAAAAAUCUGCCGUACCGGACUGUCCACGUCGAGCUCCCCGACGUCGAAGCUCUAGCCAAAAAGAUUGGCGCUGCCCACACCACGAUGAAGUACGAUGGUGUAUCUCCCUUCUACAGCAUCCCAAUCAUCCAGGAUGACUACCGGUGCUGUCGUCUCCGAUUCUCCCGCCAUAGCGUAUCUCGACAAGACCUACCCCUCCUCCGGGCCCGUUCUCAUCACCGCCAGGACAAAGACCCUCCAGCUUGCCUUCUUAAGCGCAGUAAUCGAUUCUUUCGCUCCCUUCCGGCCAUUCUAUGCUGUGGGGAUAGUGACAGAGAUGAACGAGGCGAUAGCGGUGUAUUUCUUGAAAACGAGACUAGGUGGGGCUGCUAAGGCUGAAAUUACGAACGGCGAAGAGCGAGAGAAGCUGUGGGGAAAAGCGAAAGAGAACCUUGGGAAGAUGAGCCGGUGGUUCGAGGGUGACUUUAUUAUGGGGAGCGAACCGUGUUUUGCGACUACGGCGAUUUGCGCGUACUCGUUGUUCAUGAGGAGGAUGGUUGGGGAGGAGAGUGAGGAGUGGAAAGAUAUCAUAGGUGGGGAAGGUAUCUGGAUGGUUUCGAACUAUAUGAGAAGCUGUUGUAGGAAAGGGCGUCGAAAGAGAAAAACGAGAUCCGGCAAAGGCCGACGCCGCUACUCCCUCACUUCAACUUGCACCAUCGACCUUGUGCCGGUACCAACACCAACACCAUUGACGCUCUACCUACAAAGUUGGCUCUACUCGCCCUUUCACACGUUCGCUCCCAAGUCUGCCUGGCCGUAGAUAAUUGAUAAUCUAUCUGCUACAUAAUGCAUCUCUCAUAGCUUUCUCUGCGAGUCGAAGAUGUGGGGAAAUUUCUGUUUGCCACCUUACGCUCUGCAGGACGAAUCUCACGAACGAUGAAGAUUAG